CCAAUAUUGAAGCGUUGUCACAAUAUAUAAUCUCCAGAAUUUCUUUUGAUGACGAUAUCAGCCACCCACAUUACUCUGUGAUAAUUUGUACGAGUUUUUUUUCUUAAUUUAAUUUGAUAUAUAAACUUGUUUUUUUUGUAAAAAUGACGACCCAUCGUAAAACAAUGUCAAAUCCACAAUUGGAAGUGAAACCUUUGUUCGAAAAGAUUCGUGAAUCACUUGUCAACUUGGAUGCUUAUCCAAAAACUUUAGAAGAUUUUCGGAUAAAAACGUUCGGUGGUGCUACAGUGACAAUCAUAAGCAUUGUAUUGAUAAUAAUAUUAUUCAUGCUCGAAUUACAUCACUAUUUAACGCCUUAUGUUCAAGAAGAAUUGCUUGUUGAUUUAUCCAAUGGAAAAAAACUGAAAAUCAACUUUGAUAUGACGUUCCCUCAUGUCGUUUGUUCACACUUAUCAUUGGAUGCAACUGAUGUUUCGGGUGAGCAACAUAUCAACAUACGACAUGAUUUAUUCAAACGAAGAUUAAAUGAACAUGGUGAUCCGAUCGAAUUGCCUCAAAAAGACAAUACGAUAGUAACAAAGAAAAGUUCAAAGAAAAUUAGUUCAAAUCAAAAUGGCCUUGAUGAUGCGAUUGUAACAACGACACUAGAUCCGAAUCGAUGUGAAAGCUGUUAUGGCGUUGAAGCUACGAUUAAAAAAUGCUGUAAUACUUGUCAAGACGUUCGUGAAGCAUAUAACGCUAAAGGUUGGGUAUUCGAUCCUGCCCAUGUUGAACAAUGUAAAAGGGAAGGCAUUAUUAGCAUAAAUAAUUCGUCCAAAGAAGGAUGCCAAUUAUUCGGCUCGAUCGAAGUGAAUAAAAUUGCCGGAAAUUUCCAUAUUGCACUUGGACAAAGUUUUGAAAAACAUCAUGUCCAUGUUCAUGAUAUCAACUUGGGCGAAUUGAUUUCGAUGAAUACUUCACACCGUAUCAAUCAUCUAUCAUUUGGACAAAAAGUUCACACUAUUGAAAAUCAAUUGGAUGGCGUCUGGUUCGUCAGUGAACAAGGUCAUGGUUUAGCCACAUUUCAGUAUUACAUAAAAAUCAUACCGACUAUCUAUCAGGAUCUCAAGAAUCAGCAAAUUGAAACGAAUCAAUUCGCUGUGACUAGAUUUAAAAAAGAAUAUGGCUCAACGUUAGAUGCGAUAACGGAUGCAAGAUUACCAGGCGUAUUCUUUAUCUAUGAAUUUGGUCCAAUGUUGAUCAAAUAUAGCGAACAACAUCGAUCGACAUUACAUUUUCUGACCAGUUUAUGCGCAAUAAUUGGUGGUAUAUUGACAGUGGCCAGUAUUAUUGAUUCAUUCAUCUAUCAUUCACAUCGAGCUUUACGUGCUAAAAUUCAACUUGGCAAAUUGGGCUAAUUUCUAUUUAUUUAUGGAUUAUGAUGAAAGAAGAUUGAUUUGUUUAUAUAUUUGUGGUUUAAUUAUUUUCAUUAU